AGCGGCAGAGUAGCGCUGUGGCGGGGCGAGCGAGCGAAGGGAGGAAAACGGGGAGACUUUCCAAUGCGAAGAGGAGGAGGAGGAGGAGGAGGCAGCGGCGGGCGCCGGACGGCAGGCGGAGGGCGGCUCUGGAAGCGGCGAGGGGCUGCUCCGAAAUGCUGGAGAAUGGCUCUCUGAGGAACUGCAGCGGGCUGGCGGGCCGAGGGGGAGCCUUCGCCUUCCCUUUGCCUCAGCGCGGGGAAGAAGAAGAAGCGGCGGCGGCGGCCGACCCGAGACCGCGCUGGGUGGUGACGGUGCUGUCCAGCGUGCUGAUCUUUACCACCGUCGUCGACGUGGUGGGAAGCCUGCUGGUCGUCGUCUCGGUUUUCAAGAACCGCAAGCUCAGGAACGCAGGCAAUGCAUUUGUUGUUAGCUUGGCCCUGGCGGACUUAGUGGUAGCCGUGUACCCUUAUCCUCUAGUCCUUGUUGCCCUUUUUCACAACGGCUGGUCAUUGGGCGAAACACACUGCAAAGCAAGCGGCUUUGUGAUGGGAUUGAGCGUGAUCGGUUCCAUCUUCAACAUCACCGCCAUUGCAAUAAACAGAUACUGCUACAUUUGCCACAGUUUUGUAUACAAUAAAGUGUACAGUUGGCGGAACACAAUAUUCUAUGUCUGCCUUGUCUGGGUUCUCACGGUGGUUGCAAUCGUUCCGAACUUUUUCGUUGGCUCCCUCAAGUACGAUCAAAGGAUCUAUUCGUGCACCUUCGCCCAAACAACCAGCUCCUGUUACACCAUUGCCGUUGUCGUCAUCCACUUCAUCCUUCCGAUCACCAUUGUGAGCUUCUGCUAUUUGAGGAUCUGGAUUCUGGUGAUACGAGUCAGGAGGAAAGUCAAAUCGGAACUGAAGCUGAAGAUAAAACCAAGCGACUUCCGAAACUUUCUCACCAUGUUUGUUGUCUUUGUGAUCUUUGCCUUUUGCUGGGCGCCGUUGAACUUAAUAGGCCUGGCUGUGGCCAUUAAUCCUUCCGAAGUAGCACCCAAAAUCCCCGAGUGGUUGUUUGUGGUGAGCUACUUCAUGGCCUACUUCAACAGUUGCCUUAAUGCAAUAAUUUACGGGCUUCUGAACCAAAAUUUUCGGAAGGAAUAUAAACGAAUUCUAAUGUCCCUGUGGCUUCCCACGCUGUUUCAUCAGAACCCUUCCAAAGGGGGAGACAGAAACAUAGAAGAGCAAACUUUCUCCUGCUUUAAAUAAAUAAUAAUGACCAAAUUUAUACCAGGACGUUGUAAAUAGAUGGAGGUGAAUGAUAAAUGUGUCCCCUCCCAUCGCAUGGAAUCAAACUGAGUUCUUUGUAUGUUUGUAUGCCUAAAUCUUAUUCUGCCACUCCAUCGUGACCACAUGGGACCGAGCUCUCAACAAAGAAGAUUCUGUUUACAUUUUUAUUCACAAGGAACCAUUUUAAAAACGGCUUUGGAAUUUGGAAAGUAAACUCAACGUUUUGUUCGCUUGCUUGGUUUAAGUUCAAAAACCUACGUGGGAGGUUGAUGUAUGGACAGCAACAACUGUGAUCUUUGUUGAGUUUGUCCAAAAUAGGACUCUUAAAAACAGGAAUGUGUCUCUUAAGGAAAGAGGAAUGAAUGUAAUUUAAUGAUAUUCUUUCUUCUUCUUCUUCUUCUUCUUCUUCUUCUUCUUCUUCUUCUUCUUCUUCUUCUUCUUCUUCUUCUUCUUCUUCUUCUUCUUCUUCUUCUUUAAUGGUGGUUAUGAUGAUUAUUUAAACUCCCUUCAGCUGAACGCUGGUUCAGUCUUACAUAGUACUAAAAGAGUAAAAUGGGAAUAACAAUGUCUGUUCCUCAGAGUUGACUUAAUUAUUGUUUAUUAUUUAUUUAUUUAUUUAUUAAAUCUAUGUUCCGCCCAUCUCAUUGUCAAAUGACUCUGGGUGGCUUACCCAGACCCAUUAAGUUUUAAAUAAACAGAAAUAGAAUAAAAUCAGAAUACCAUGGGGGUAGAGUUGGGAAUCUUCUUCCUGGUCCACUAAUCACCUCCAACAUGGAAUGCCUCCAUCAGCGUCCCAGGCCGGUCAAAAGGGGCUGGUUUUGAGGCUCUUAUGGAAGGCCAAAAAGGUGGGAAGUAGCUCUCAACUCGUGGGGUACAAUGUCCCAGAAGGCGGGAGCCAAUUAAAUGAAUUAAAUUGUCAGCUCAUGAGAGGUUUGUUGUUGUUUUACAUAUUGUCAGAAUUAUAAUCCAAGUGGUGGGACUAUAGCCAUGAAGAUUCAAUUGGAAGAUUCAGGUAGAUCUUUCACAUCUCCUCUUCCCAAUACCUUGUUUGUUGUUGUUGUUCUCUCGCUAAGUCAUGUCCAACUUUUCACAACCCCAUGAACCAUAGCAUGCUAGGUCCCCUGUCUUCCAUCGUCUCCCAGAGUUUGCUCAAAUUCAUAUUCAUUGCAUUGAUGACACUAUCUAAUCAGGGGUGGGAUUCAAAAAUUUUAGCAACCGGUUGCUGGGUGGGCAUGGCCAUGGUGGGCGUGGCCCACUCGGCCUCCUGCACCAUGGCGGGGAGGGUGUUUUCACCCUCCCCAGGCUCCAGAGGCUUUCCUCGAGCCUCCGGGAGGGCGAAAACGGUCUCCCCGGCUCUGGAGGCCCUCCGGAGGCCUGUUUCUGGACUUGCAGAACUUCCAGGAGGCUCAUGUGGGCGCUGCACUUACCUGGCAUCCAAAAUGGGCCACAUGGAGA